AAAUUAACUGCCGUCUCCACCUUUAUUCUUCUCUCUCUCGUUUUCGGCAUUUCUCUUCCUAAGUCCAAGUAAGCACUCACCAAAAUCUCCCCCAAAUUUUUCUUCCAUUUCUCCAAUUUUUCUACUUCGAUUACUUCUUUAUGUUUAAAGCUUCGAUCUAUACAGUUCCGGUGAUUUUCUGGCAGACUAGUGUGGAUAUAUAAAUUUAAGAGUAUGUUGAAGAAGCUUGUCGAGAAGGCUUCUUUUGUUAAGAAGCCUCGAGGAGAUUUAGAUGGUCUGAAACCUGAUGACGUAAAUCCCCGCUGUGUUUUUCAUUAUGGCAUUCCAUCAGGAUCUGUGCUAUCGGCUUAUGACUCAAUUCAAAAAAUUGUUGCCCUUGCUACCAAAGAUGGACGGAUCAAAUUAUUUGGCAAAGAUAGCACACAAGCUCUGUUGGUAUCGUCAGAUACUGUGUCAAGCAAAUUUUUGCAGUUUAUGGAGAACCAAGGCCUCCUCAUUAACAUAAACCCCAAUAACCGAAUAGAGGUCUGGGAUGUAGAACAAAGGUAUUUGUGCAAUGUUCAUGACAUCGACCGGGAUAUCACAUCUUUUACACUCAUACAGCACACUCCCUACCUGUAUCUUGGAGACUCAUCAGGACAUGUUUCAGUUAUGAAGGUAGUUAAAGAACCCUGUAAUAUGGAGAAAAUGAAAUAUUGUGUCCCUCUUUCAGCAUCUCAUGGCCUAUCAAAUGAAGUUUCCGGGGACACUGCUGUAGCCCAUAUACUACCUCAACCUGCUGCUGAAAGUAAGAGGGUGGCUAUAGUUUACAAAGAUGGUGUUAUAACACUAUGGUCAAUUCGAGAAAGUAAAGCAAUCUUUAUGACCGGGGGGAGUCCUCUGCAAUCUAUGGGUCAUGAGACAAAAAAAGCAACCACAGCAUGUUGGUGCUGUCCUUAUGGAAGUAAACUAGUUGUUGGAUACAGCAACGGAGAGAUAUUCAUCUGGAGUAUUCCAGCUACUUCAAAUUCAAACAUAGAUCAAGAACUUGAGGAAGUGCCUUGUGGAACUCAAAGUGCCCCUAUUUGUAAACUGAAUCUUGGAUAUAAGUUGGACAAAAUUCCUAUAGCAAAAUUAAUAUGGGUCUAUGCAGAAGGCAAAGCAAGUCGAUUAUAUGCUAUGGGCUCCCCUGAUUGUCAAGCAGCAAACUUGCUACAGGUAGUUCUACUAAAUGAGCACACUGAAUCUCGCACAAUUAAGUUGGGACUUCACCCUCCUGAGUCUUGUCUGGACAUGGAGAUUAUAUCAAGCUUCCCUACAUUGAGAAAGAACAUUAACAAUUCAUUACUUUUGGUAUCAAAGUCUGGCCAAAUUUACACAUAUGAUGAUUCUUUAAUUGAAAGGUACCUAAUACAGUACCAGUCUAGGUCACCACCAUCACUUCCAAGGGAAGUGAAGGUGAAGCUCCCACUUGUUGAUUCAAGCAUCACCAUUGCAAAAUUCAUAGUAAACAAUCCUUACAUGUUGUUUUCCAUGGAUCAGGACUAUAGUAGCCUGAUAAAAGAUAGCAUACCUCUUUUUCCAUUUGAGAGGGGACAAAAAGAUGGAACUGGGUCAAAUUCAACUCAAUUUUCUAAGGCCAAAAAUGUAUUCUUAAGUGGUCACAGUAAUGGAGCCAUAAACUUAUGGGAUGUCUCGUGCCCAAAUCCACUUCCUAUUGUGUCACUAACUCAGCAGAGUGAGGACAACCUUUCCUUAAGUGGCGUACCCUUAACGGCAUUGUGUCUUACCUCUGAAUUACAUAUCCUCAUUUCUGGUGAUCAAAGUGGAACGGUACGCAUCUAUAAGUUCAAAACUGAGUUUUUUGCCCCAGAUACUAGUUUUCUGUCCUUUCAAGUAGGUUCAAAGAAAGGAAGCAACCCAAUCCAGAGCAUUAAGCUUGUUAAGGUUAAUGGAGCUGUACUUUCUAUAAGUACCAGUGAGGAUUCUAAGUAUUUUGCUGUUGGUUCUGACCAAGGAUAUGUGGUAUUAAUUGAUUCCGACAGCAAAACCAUACUGUAUCAAACACAUAUUGCCAGUGAACUCUGUGCAGGUGUCAUCUCUAUUCAGUUCAACACGUGUAGCUUGCAUGGAUUUGACAAGAAUAUCUUAGUGGUAGCGACUAAGGAUUCAUCAGUCUUGGCCGUUGAGACAGAAACAGGAAAUAUACUAAGCCCUUCCAGUGUUCAUCCAAAGAAACCUUCCAGAGCUUUAUUUAUGCAGAUUUUGGAUGGACAAGAACUGUCCAGUCGAGGAUUAAGCAUUUCAGAUGGUAUAGACAUGAUUAAGGGGAAUUUGGAUAAUAUUGCAUCAAAGCAACCAUUAGUAUUGAUCUGUUCUGAAAAAUCUGUGUAUGUCUAUUCCUUAUUACAUAUUAUUCAGGGUAUUAAGAAAGUAUACUACAAAAAGAAGUUCCAUUCCUCUCUGUGUUGCUGGGCAUCAACAUUUGACAUGCCUGAGGCCGGCCUUAUGCUUCUUUUCUCAAAUGGAAAGAUUGAGAUUAGGUCUCUUCCAGAGUUGUCCCUUUUAAAGGAAACUUCAGUUAGAGGCCUCGAACUUUCGCCUCCAAAGGCAAACGCCAUAGCUGACCAUUCAGUAUGCGCAUCAAAAACUGGUGAACUCAUAGUGGUUGACAGGGAUCAAGAAAUGUUCUUCGUCUCAGUUUCCUUGCAAAAUGACACCUUCAGGUUCCUGGACUUUGCUUCCCAAGUUUUCGAUAGAGAUCUAGUGGUUGAACCAGGGCAGAUCUCUGUACCCAUCAUCCAAAAAGAAAAGAAAAAGGGAAUUUUUGGAUCUGUUUUCAAAGAUUCCAAGGGAAAUAAGGCAAACAGUGUGCCUGACACCGGAGUUGAAAAUGCAAGAGUAGGUAUUGAAGAGAUGUCCACAAUAUUUUCAGCUGACAACUUUCCAUCACUCACACACAGCGAAGAGAAGUUAGGCCGGAAUGAAAAGGAUGCUGACUUGAAUAUAGAUGACAUUGAAAUUGAAGAUCCAGGAGAGAAACAGAAGGGAAAUCCAAUGGUAGCAGCACUAAACAAGCAGAACCUUACAAAUACAUUUCAGGCUCUGAAAGGAAAGUUUAUGCCUGUGAAGGUCAAAAACGAUAAAGCCCCGAUAAAUGAUGCACCACAAGAUGACAAGGCAGAUACUGUUGGUCAAAUUAAGAAAAGAUAUGGGUAUACUGCUUCUGCUGAACCCACUGCUGCAGAGGCAGCAAAGUCAAAGCUCAGUGAAAAUCUGAAGAAGUUGCAGGGCAUCAACAUUAGAAGUGCUCAGAUGCAGGACCAAGCCAAGUCAUUUUCUUCCAUGGCUAAAGAGGUGUUGCGAUUUUCUGGAAAUGAUAAAGCAAAUGCGUGAUUGCUUCUCUCCACACAAUGUUUUGCUGGAAAUGUAUAGUACAUUGCUAUUCUGAGUAUUUUGCUGAAUAUCUAUUUAUUCCUUUUUAUGGGACUUGGAGCUUGAGAUUUGCUAUUCUUCUAUUUAUUAUAUGUAAAUGGCACACAACGGUUGAUAUGAUUCUUUCACAGAAUGAUAGUGUUGUUAGAAGAAUGGACACUGGACAGUGUUUCCUAUUAUGAAGUUAUGUAGAUGCCUCUGUAGAACGUUGCAUAUAUAUAAAUUAAAGUUUAUUAAUGCAUUCA